CACCAUAGCAAAAUGGUGUUUCUGAGAGAAAAAAUAGAACAGUGAUGGAAAUGGCUAGAAGCAUGCUUUUUGAGAAGAAUUUACCUAAGAAGUUUUGGGCAGAGGCAGUGCAUACUACUAUUUAUUUGUUGAAUGGUCUUCCAACUAGAGCUGUUGAAGAUAAAACUCCUGUUGAGGCUUGGUUUGGACUUAAGCCUUCAGCUUAUCAUUUGAAGGUUUUUGGUUCUAUAUGUUAUAUGCAUGUUCCAACAACCCGGAGAACCAAGUUGGAUGAGAAAGCUGAGAUGGGAAUUCUAGUUGGUUAUGCAGCACAGUCAAAAGGGUACAGAAUUUAUAAUUUGCAGUCUCAAAAAGUGGAAGUGCAUAGAAAUGUUUUAGUUGAUGAAUCUGCCUUUUGGAGCUGGGACGAUCAGAAAAUUAUUAAGGAGUCUUAUUCUCAGUUAAAUGAAGACUCUAAUGUUGAACAAAGUGCAUCUGCUAUUCCUAGACACCAAAAUGUUGUUGAAACUGAUGAUGACUCACCACCUUUGAAGGUAAAGUCACUUGAGGAUGUGUAUGCUAGGUACAAUUUGGUUACUUUUGAUCCAACUUGUUUUUUUGAGGCUUCAAAACAUGAUGAAUGGAUGGCUGCUAUGAAAGAAGAGCUGGCCAUGAUUGAAAAGAACAAAACUUGGUCACUUUGUCCUAGACCAGAAGGUAAAAAUGUGAUUGGGGUUAAGGGGGUUUUUAGAACAAAGCUUAACCCUGAUGGUUUAGUAAACAAGUACAAGGCCAAAUUAGUGAUUAAGGGAUAUGCACAGCAACAAGGAGUAGAUUUUUCUGAGACUUUUGCACCAGUUGUAAGGCAUGAUACUAUCAAACUGUUGUUUGCUAUUUCUGCUCAAAAUGAUUGGAAGGUAUACCAUAUGGAUGUGAAAUCUGCUUUUUUAAAUGGUUUUUUGGAAGAAGAAAUCUAUAUUGAGCAAUCGGAGGGGUUCCUUGUUCAUGGUAGUGAGGAUAUGGUUUACAAGCUUCAUAAGGCUCUUUAUGGUAUGAAACAAGCUCCUAGGGCUUGGUAUAGUAGGAUUGAUGCCUACUUAAUGCAGCAAGGUUCUGAUGUUCAGACUAUGGAACAUUUUAUGCUUGUUAUGAAGAAAGAGUUUGACAUGUCAAAUCUUGGAGAAAUGAGUUACUUUCUUGGUUUGGAAAUCAAACAAUGUGGAAAUGGAAUUUUCUUGUCACAGAAAAAAUAUGCACAGGAUAUGAUGAAGAAAUUCAAUAUGGGAUACAGUAAGCCAAUUUCUACUCCUCUUGUUUUGAAUUGUAAAAUGUCAAAAAAUGAUGGUAGUGCUUAUGUUGAUGCAUCUUGGUAUAGAAGUAUCAUUGGCAGUUUGCUGUAUCUUACUGCUACUAGACCAGAUAUUAUGUUUGUUGCUAGUCUGUUGUCUAGAUACAUGAGUUCUCCUACUCAAGUUCAAUUGAGUGUUGCAAAGAGAGUUCUGAAGUAUGUUAAUGGUACUAUCGAUUAUGGAAUUUGGUUUAUCAAGAAUGAUCAUGGUUGCUUAUUAGGAUAUUCAGAUAGUGAUUGGGCAGGGAGCAUAGAUGACGAUAUAAGCACUUUUGGUUACUUAUUUCAGUUUGGAUCAGGUGUGUUUUGUUGGAAUUCUUGUAAACAAGAAGUGGUUGCCCAAUCUACUAUUGAGGCCAAGUUUAUUUCAGCUUUGGAAGCUUCAAAUCAUGCAAUAUGGUUGAGGAAAAUGCUAUCUGAUAUGGGGCAGCCUCAGUUUGAUCCUAGUUUGAUUUAUGUGGACAAUACAUCAGCUAUUGCAAUUGCUCAAAAUCCUAUGCAGCACAAGAGGACGAAGCAUGUUCAUGUCAAGUAUCAUGUAAUUAGGCAGUACAUUAAGAACAAGCAAAUUCAGUUGCUUCAUUAUAGUUCAGAUGUACAACUUGCUGAUAUUCUUAUUAAGUCUUUGCCAAAACAGAGGUUUGAGAUGUUGAGAGAGCAGCUUGGAGUUACCAGACUUGCUCUCAAGGAGGAGUGUUAGCGUGUGAGAUCAAGUCUCUUAAUGUGGUAGUUACAAUUAGUUUAUUUUGCUUAGUGGUGUAGCCGUUUCUUUUGCAGUUUGUAACUUCUUUUCAUUUCAGCAACUGUUAUGUAUAAGUUUCUUUUCUUUGAAACUGAUGUUUGUAUGGUUGCUGCUGUUUUUCUGCAAAUGUAUCAGACACUAUUCAUGUAUUUCAGCAGUGUUUUAUGUAUUUUCAUCAUUUCUCAAGUUUAAUCCUUGAAUUUAAGUUCAUAUUCACUUGAGUUUUCAUCUUUACAUCAUCACUUUAUUACCCCUUCCAUCAUCUUACAGUUAGAAAUCUUGAGCACCAUGAGUUGUUCAAAACUCUUAACCAUAGAACUUGUCAAUAGAUACUCCAAAUUACC